AUGUUAACCAGCACACAUUGCUGCAUAAUAGAUAUUGGCCGAUGUGCUUGCAUACAUGGUCGCUUCCAAGCAGCAGAUUCUAUGCUGCAAUGCAUUCUCUACCAGAGGGCUGUAGUACCUGCACUUGUUGGACAGAUUUUAGCGUGUCCAGAAACGCCUCAAGAGCGAAGAUUUGCUCAAAACUACAGUAAGGUCAGGGAGGCAUUAAAAGAGGUUUUUCGAAGUCAUAAUCGUGAUUCAAUUCGGCAAGUCGUGAUACUAUUUGGCAACUCUUGUUUAUUACCGCGAGAGAUAUACUCAAUUCAAGUCGACCUUUGCGGAAUUCAAGGUCCAGACGUCUGUCACCCUGACUGUUCAGAACUUACGGAAAAGGAGCUUCGCCGAGUAUCAGCUACCUUGCUUUUUGAUAUAUUUGGAACUAAUUUCGAUAUGUCAGCUGCCCAAGCAACCCAGGUUUACGUGUUUGUUCAAGCUAGCAGCUCUUUACGCUUUCCAGAAAACCUUAUGGAAGAAGAGUAA